UAGUAACUAAAAACGGCUAUAAACAUAGCAGUUGAUACAAUUCACGAAAUAUUUGCAUUCGGGCGGCCAAUCGCGCAACAAGCGUGAAAGAGCAGAGGAAUAUUUAAAAAUUUCCUGUCCUUCAAAUUUGCCAACAAGUUGCAUCCUUUUGAAGUGCCGUUUUCAAGGUUUUAUCGCGUGGAGACCCUUCUUCUAAGGCGUGUGCCGGCGCUUUUUCAUCCCGGAGGACCCCGAGGCAUCCAAAGAAGCGGAUGUGUGCGUGUGUUCGUACGUGAGUUGUGUGUGUGCACGAUUUAAAAAUAAAACGGCAAAUACAUAACAAAAAAAUAUAUCGAAAGCAACAGCGCCGCCAAAUACCCAUACAAUCAAAGGCGCGACCUGUACGUGUUUACACAUUCUAGACUGUCCGGCUGUGCUUGUGUUGGUGCGCACCAAAAGUUUCCUUAGCAAUUCUAAAUCAAUCGAAAGCGAAAACGAAUACCAAAAUCCAAACAGAGCGCAGAUAUCAUUUGCAUGUAACGAUUGCAUUUUAUGGACGACUCAGAUUCAUUUGCUUGUUGGAAGUCAGCCGGACGUUGAGCGAGCAACUGAAAACAGAUCACAAUAUACCCAAAAUAUCCAUUCAGCUGUGUCCCAGCUAAACAAAAAGCAUCCACACACUCAUCCCACAAAUCGAAUCGAAUAAGAAUCAAAUCAUCAAUAGAGAGAGAGAUAGAACAUCGGGUAGGAGCAUGAGCCUGUGGAAGCGCAUCUCCAGCCAUGCCGACUGCGAGGCUCGUAUGGCAGCCUACUACGAUGAGAAGGGUCUCUUCGACCUGCGUCUCUGCUUGGCGGCCUGGAUCGAAGACAGAAUAAUGUCCGAACAGAUCACACCAAACUCUGCGGAACAACUGGAGCGCGUGGCCCUCAAGUUCAACGAGGAUCUGCAACAGAAGCUACUCUCGACGCGCACGGCCAGCGAUCAGGCACUCAAGUACCGAGUUGUAGAGCUUUGCACCCAAAUCCAGCGCACAUCUGCCCUCGAGCUGUACACGCAUUUGCGCGGCGGAUUACAAAAGGAGCUGCAGCUAGCGACGGAGAAGAGUGUGGCUACACCAGGUCCAUCGAUGCCCCUCAGUCCCUACAACAUGAACAAUCCAUCCGGCUACAUGGAUCCCAGUGAACUGAUGGCCGUUCAGCCAGCGGUUGGCGCCGGUUUGGGAGUCAUUCACAAUGCGCUAGGCACGGCAAAGGUGGAGCUGUUCGAGAUCGAGCAUCAGAUACUGCAGUACUUUAAUGAAUUCAGCACCUGCGGCAACUCCCUGAAGAUGCUCGUCCAGAACUACAGCUACAUGCUGAACUCCACAGGAUCCCCAAAUCCCGAGGAGGCGUUCAAAUGCCUGAUGACGGAGAAGGCGGCCAUUGUGACGACCCUAUGCCGGAGCUAUAUAUGCUACGAGCCGCUGCAGGAGCUGAUUAUCAGCGAACUGAAUAACUGGCGCCGUCAACAGGCGCUGGCCGGCAAUGGGGCCCCUUUCCAAGAGAGCACUCUUGAUCAGAUUCAGCGUUGCUUCGAGCUACUCGAAUCCUUUAUUGGCCACCUCCUGGCGGCCGUCAAAGAGACGCUUCGUGUGCAUCUCGUCAACGACGAGCCAGAACUGAACAAUCUGCUCGAGCGUGUGAGAGGUGCACAAAAGAAUCUGGUGUGCGCCGCCUUCAUUGUGGACAAACAGCCGCCACAGGUGAUGAAGACAAAUACGCGCUUUGCGGCCUCUGUCCGCUGGCUGAUCGGCUCCCAAUUGGGGAUACACAAUAAUCCGCCCACCAUUGAGUGCAUCAUCAUGUCGGAGAACCAGGCAAAUCGUUUCGUUACCCGCGGCACCCAAAUGGACAGCACCCUGGCUGGUCAGUCUUCGGGGGAAAUACAGAACUGCUCCAGCACCAUGGAAUACCAACAGAAUAACCACAUCUUCUCGGCCAGCUUCAGGAACAUGCAGCUGAAGAAGAUCAAGCGGGCCGAAAAGAAGGGCACCGAGAGCGUCAUGGACGAGAAGUUUGCCCUGUUCUUCUAUGCGACGACCACAGUCAACGACUACCAGAUUCGGGUGUGGACCCUGUCGUUGCCGGUGGUGGUGAUUGUUCAUGGCAACCAGGAGCCACAGUCGUGGGCCACCAUCACCUGGGACAAUGCCUUUGCGGAUAUUGUACGGGAACCAUUUGCGAUCACCGAUCGCGUGACCUGGGCCCAGCUCUCGGUGGCGCUUAAUACCAAAUUUGGGUCAAGCACACAGCGGGCCCUGACCAGGGAUAACCUGGACUUUCUCUUUGAGAAGCUGCAACGCGAUGAGCGUAGUGAUUAUAUCACGUGGAAUCAGUUCUGCAAGGAGCCGCUGCCCGAUCGCAACUUCACCUUUUGGGAAUGGUUCUUUGCCAUCAUGAAACUCACCAAAGACCAUCUGAUGGGCAUGUGGAAGGCCAGCUGCAUUAUGGGCUUCAUCAACAAGGCCAAGGCGCAGGAUGAUCUCAUGCGUUCGGCCACGGGCAUUGGCACCUUUCUGUUGCGCUUUUCCGACAGCGAAUUGGGUGGCGUUACCAUUGCCUAUGUGAAUGAAUACGGAUCGGUUACCAUGCUUUCGCCAUGGACUGCGCGUGAUUUUCAGAUCCUCAACCUGGCCGAUCGCAUACGCGACUUGCAUAUGCUGCGCUGGCUACAUCCGAGCGACACCAAUGGAGUGCCCCAGGAACGGGAUCGCGCAUUUGGCGAGUUCUACUCAGCUCGUGAUGAACCCAAAGCCGGCUAUGUGAGAAGCACGUUACACGUCCAGGUACGCAAUGCGAUUGGAGAUAAUGGUUCCAUUAUUGGGACACCACAGCAUCCCAUACCAUCUCCACCGCAGGAUAGUAGCAUGUCAAUGGGAAACCCUGAGGACUCUGAUUCGGAUGAUAGCUGUGUGUUAGAUGCCAUAGAGAGAUAUGUGGCGGACACAUCACCCGAUGAUCCCGUAUCCCGUGAGAUCAUUGCCACCAUUAUGAGUGCAACGUGUAAAUCCCCACUUUCCUCGAGUUCCGGUGACUUUGCAAUGACGGAUUUCGAUUCGAUGACGAACUUUGUCGAUGUGUAUAAACAGAUUAUAUAAACAAUUGAAAGUGUGCCGUGUGGAUGCCCUCCCCCCCGACCUAGACGAUAUAGAUAUGCCCCCUUCCCCCCAGCAGCGAUUGCAGCCAUCGUGGAACUGCUUUUUAAAAAAGUUUUUAUCGUAAAGUUUUUACCUAAAAUGUAAUUGUAAGAUUUUGGGAAUGCAUCGUUGUGGCAUGUUUAGUUUUGCAUUUGUGAAACGACAAACAACUCUACCAAGAGCAAUGCAUGCAAAUUGCCACCACACCCUAAACACAAAAUAAAAAACACCUGCAGCACACAGCAGCCAAUUAAUUGUAUCUAUUACGAUUCUAAUUAUGUGUGAUCUAUGGAUAACUUUAAGGUUUUCCAUUGGAGUGUGUCCGCAUGUUAUUCGUUUUUUAUACACUACAUAUAUAUUUUUUUUAUACAUACAAUACGAUAUAUUUUUAAUUUGUUUAAAUACUGUGUGACAAAGCAUUCAUUUUACGACGAAUUGUGACGAGAGAAUCGAUUUAGUUAGCGAGUAACUAUUUGUUGAAUCUAAAUUUUUGAUUUUGAUUGUAAUUUUAAAGGAUUUAUUUUUAAACCAACUAUCAAAUCUUACCAACUAAACUACCUUCGAGUUAAGGUCUAAGUUAAACGAAGGAGCAGCGAAGGCAAAUUUUAAUUGCAUUUUAGUUUUAAUUGUAUUAUUUACAUAAUAUUGUGAAAUGCUUUAUGUGAGAGAACCCUUUAGAACCCUACUGCCCCCUUUAUUGGCUUCCAAUGCUGAAAAUGCGCAAAAAUCUAACCGAUCCGUGUAUAUUUUUAAUUGUUUGUGUUUGAGUAUGAGUUUUGAGUUUUGAGUUUGAGAGUCCAGGGCACAGUUUGCAAUGCAUUUCAAAUGCGACAAAUGCGAUUGCCUUUAGUCAGUUUUUAUGGAGAAGCACGAGGAGAACACGAAAUACAUAUGUACAUUAUAUAUGAGUAACAAGAGCAUAAUAUUUUUUCUACACAACCAUAAAACACUACACUAUACACUAUAUCCUACACUAUGCUACACUAAGCUUUGUACCGUGAACCGUAAGAAUUUUAUAAGACUUAAGUACAGACCGCCCAAAAAUAAAACCACCCAAACAAAUAAAUAAAUAAUUCAAGAACUA